AUGUUUGGUGACUUUCCUGUUGACAACAAAAUUGUCCUAGUGACUGGCGGAGGAUCCGGGAUCGGUCUCCAGCUCAUCCGCUUGGCCUCCGCCAAAGGCGCCAAAAUCAUCAUUGCCGAUCUGCAACUCACCCCUGAGGCCCAACAUCUCGUCGACACCACCGAAACCGUCAUCUACCAGCGCUGCGACGUGCGCAAUUGGGACGACCUUCAUGCCCUGAUUCAAGUCUCGCGCGACAAAUGGAACGAUGUCCCGGAUGUGUAUAUCGCAUCGGCAGGGAUCUUUGAACCCAAAUCAGCCAGCUUCUGGGAAGACACCGAGUCAACCCGCUAUGCUACCGUCGACAUCAACGUCAACCACCCCAUCAAAUUCACCCGUCUAGCCAUCCGAGCUCUUCUCGAAGAAAACAAAAAAGGCGUCGUAUGUCUAGUAUCUUCCAUUUCCGGAAUCGGCUCCUCCUACUCCAGUCCGUUGUACUGCGCCAGCAAGCAUGCUCUCUGGGGUUUUGUCAAGUCGAUGGCCCCUCUAGCUGCAUUGGAGGGCGUGAAAGUCACCUCCAUUUGUCCUGGCCUGGUCCCCACACCCCUAUGGGACACUGUCCCCGAAUUCCGUCAACAAUACUCCGUCGAGAAUUUCGACCACAUCUCCGCAGAAGAAGUAGCAGAGUGCAUGCUCUCCCUCAUCGAAGAGGGUAAAUACCCUGGCGGCGCGGUAGUCGAAAUUACUACUCCUGGGCCAAAUGGGCGACGCGUGAUUCCUCCGUGGAACGUCUCCCCGACGAAAAUGUAUAGCGCCCGGUUGCUCUCGGACGAAAUAGCGAGGAACCUAGUUGCGCCGGUUCAGGCGGUGUUGAAAAGGGAGAGGAAGAUGAAGCUGUAG